AACGCCGCGCGUCUAUCCCCCGAUUGCUACUUCGUUUCUGGUAUCUGGAAAAGAACCCUACUGGACGCACCAUCCAUCUCCAGUAUUACACCGAGACAUGCUGUAUCUGGUGAACUCGUAAUUCAGCGCAGCAACAACAUCAGCAUAAGACACCAUAGCCAGCUUGCAGAAAAUAGGCACAGAAAGCACUCCCCUGGUAUAUUAUAUUAAUGGACCUCUAUGGAAUGGCAUAAUGCUUUGGAUUUACACUCCCCACAAAAGUCACUAUACUAAUGGCCAGGUUGACACUUCAAGGAAACCUGUUCAAGAUCUGUGUGUCUCAAAACGC